GACUCAGCCCACAUUUCUUCUGUCCAUUCCAAAAUUAGUAAAAGGAAUACAAGAGAGUUUCAUCAGUUUUUUUGCGCGACUGCGGUGGCUAGGGUUUCUGCCGAGAGGGAGAGAUCAGAGAUGAGUAAGGUGGUGGAGGGGAAGAAGGAGAAGAAAGGACGGCCGUCUCCUUCAUAUGUCCGAACACGCACUCUCGAAGAAGGAAAGCGAAACCACAAAUCUGCCCCUCAUUCCGCUUCUAAUUACCCAACCGUCGCUGUUCCUAUCCCCGCCUCGGGUCCUGCUCCUCUGCGGCGAUCCCCGCGCCUGAAUACUAUCCCCGACGCCGACGAGAGCGACGAGAGCGAGGCCGACAAUAGCGACGACGAGAUCCGCCACGACGAGCCCGUGUGCAGAACUGGAAGCAUGACCGACGCCCAAAUGGUCCGCUACCUGGAACAAGUUUAUAAGAGUGAUGGCUUUGAUGUUGACCCCAUGCCUGACGUCAGAGGUUUUGGUUUAAUUCAACCAGUCGAUCUGAGCAAUAAGUAUGAAUACAGCAGUUGCGAAAAAAUUUCGCAGCGCGCAAUCGACGAAUACAACAGGCGCAAACAACGAAGAGGUUCUUUAAAGUCUGAAACUCCUCAACUGAAGUUUGUGAGGGUUUUGAAAGCAAUGGCUCAAUCUUGCGAUUUAGUCAGGUAUUAUGUAACCUUUGAGGCCGAGAUUCUUGGUUGUGGAGGAAGCCAGGGUAAGAUCUAUCGAGCCUUGGUGCGUUGGAGUAGACCCCCCAUAGAUGAUGUUAAUUUCUCCGUGUUGUCUAUGAGGGAGUAUAAGAAAGAUGGACCGGAUCAAGUUAUUGGUAUUCACUCUCUUAGUGAACUGGAUGCGCGUUUGGAUGCUGCUUCUAUGACAUCUCGCCUGGCAAUCCUCUACUUCUGUGAAACUCAUCGAUGCCGUUUCAUUUCUCCUCUCUACACAAGCUUAUCCGGGAAGUAUCCGACAGUUGUUUUCUUGAAAGUUGACAUAGCUGAGGCGUCGGACGUGGCUGCUCGCUGGAAUAUUCGUAGUGCUCCCUACUUUUUCUUUUUAAAAAAUGGCGAGGUGGUGGACAAGGUUGUUGGAGUACUAGGCGCAAAUAAACUUGAAAGGAAGAUUGCACAGCACUCAUGCACGCAAGGUCGCAAGCAAGCAAGCUGGAAGCAAACGAGUCGCAUGAGAAAAUUUUCAGCUAUGACAUGCAUAUGGAGAGUUUAAGGAGAUUUUUGGAAAUAUGUAAUACCCCUAAGCUACUACUCAUCAGAAAAAAGGAAAUAUGUACGUAAUUUUUUACUGUGCAUUUCAAUAGCUAGCCCGUUUCACCUGAAAACUUCCAAGUUGGAACCAAAAGGCUUCAAACCUAGCUUACUUCCAAUAAAUUUUCAUCUCUUCGUUCA